AUGGCGUCGUCGGUAGACGCCCCCGCGCCCACAGCAGCAGCAGCUUCGGCUUCGGUGGCUCAGAGUCAGUCAAGGCCUCAGAGAAGCCAUAGGGGCGGAAGAGGCAGAGUAUCCCAUCGUCGAGGAAGAGGAAGAGGCGAUGCGCAUACAGAUGUGAAUGGGACAGCGGCGCAACCGCAGCAGCAACCGACGCAGCAACUGACACAAGAUCAACCACACGAACAGCAACAGAGAUCGAGAGGAGGACGAGGCAGAGGGAGAGGGAGAGGGAGAGGAAGAGGCGCCGCUCACGCCGGCCGGUCAGAAGUAGUCACGACAAGGACGUUUCGUGGCAGGUUAACACAGCCAAACGAGCCGUCGUCCUCGAGACCAAACACCAACGGCACGUCCCAGGAUCAGAAACACAGUGACGCAGCUGAGUCUUCUUCCCUGCGGCCUGAUGCGUCGGUAUUUGUGCCCGGACAGCCUCAUAAGUCCCCUCAUCCGCCUGAAUCCUCUUCCCCUUCGAAACAGCCUCGACGGCAGCACCCGAAGAAACCUACCAAGCCUCUCACAAAGUCGGUUGCGGAUAACAUCACCACGCGGAUCCACGAGGAUAUCUCAAACAACCUAUAUGAAUGUCCCAUAUGCACGUCUGAGCUUGGCCCCAGAUCAAAGGUCUGGUCCUGCAGACAGUGCUGGACUGUCUUCCACCUCCACUGCAUCAAGAAAUGGUCGACUAACGAGGGAUCCGCGCAUACAAGACCGCGAGACCAGGAGCAACAAGAUGACUCUGAGCUUCCACCUGCUCGCCAGUGGAGAUGUCCCGGCUGUAACCUGCCUCAGGACACUCUUCCAUCAGGGUAUACUUGUUGGUGUGAGAAGGAGAUGGAUAUCAGAUCUGUUCCUGGCCUGCCACCCCAUUCAUGUGGCCAGUCAUGCUCUAGAUCAAGGGAAGGAUGUCCUCACCCUUGUGAUUCAGUUUGUCAUGCUGGCCCCUGUGCCCCUUGUCAGGCUAUGGGCCCCGUACAAAGCUGCUACUGCGGAAGACAUGAGACCCAGAAGAAAUGUGUAGACACAGACUACGUUGCUGGUUGGAGCUGUAAAGAGACCUGUGAAGAGCUUCUUCCAUGUCUACAACACACCUGCCAACGCGCAUGCCAUGAAGGCCUUUGUGGAGAGUGUGAAGAGCUAGUUCCAGCAAGAUGUUACUGCGGCAAAGUUACUAGUCAGAUACUGUGCAGUGUCACGGAAGAAGAAAGAGAGUCCCGGAAUCAGGAAGAAACCUGGACAGGUUCUUUCACCUGUCCGGAUGUUUGUGGCAGACUAUAUGAUUGUGGAAUCCAUCACUGUGAAAAAUCCUGUCAUCCACAGGACGCCCUCCCUUCCCACUGCCCUACAGCCCCCGAUACGAUCUCCCACUGCGCCUGUGGGAAGACCAAGCUUGCCGGUAUGGAUGUCGAACCACGCGAGGCUUGUACGGAUCCAAUCCCCAACUGCCAGAAGAGUUGUGAUAAACCCCUGAGAUGUGGCCAUGCUUGUCCGAAGCCAUGCCACACUGGCCACUGCCCACCAUGUUACCUGACCACGGAAGUCUCUUGUAUGUGUGGACGAACUACGGCAAAAACACUCUGCCACCAGGGCAAGACAGAAGCUCCUUCGUGUAUGCGCGUGUGCAAGGCUACGCUGAAUUGCGGGAGACAUGCCUGUGGUGAACAUUGCUGCACUGGCGAACGCAAAGCUAUAGAACGCCUCGCUACUAAGAAGAAGCUCAAGUCCAUGAAUGUUCGACAGACUGAUGAAACCGACAUUGAGGCAGAGCAUAUCUGCACGCGAGUGUGCGGGAGACUUCUCAAGUGUGGUACCCAUGAGUGCCAGGAGCUAUGUCAUCGAGGCCCCUGUGCCAGAUGUCCAGAGGCUAUAUUCCACGAAGUUACCUGUAACUGUGGCAGAUCUGUUCUCUAUCCUCCUUUACCCUGCGGAACAGGACCGCCUGCUUGCAACUUCAACUGUGGCCGAUCCAAACGAUGCGGCCACCCCCAGACCCCACAUAACUGCCACACAGACGAUGAGCCUUGUCCAAAGUGUCCAUUUUUGACGGAAAAGAAAUGUCUAUGCGGGAAGAAGGUGCUCAAGAAUCAGCCUUGUUGGUUGGUUGAUGGUAGAUGCGGGCUUAUUUGCGGCCAGGAACUCCAGUGUGGCUCCCAUACGUGCAAGAAGGAGUGUCAUCGCCCUGGUGACUGUGAAGACUCGGUAACCAGUUGCCAACAGCAGUGCGGAAAGAUCAAGAAGCAGUGCUCUCAUAUCUGCACUGAGCCAUGCCAUGCGCCAUUCCCAUGUCCAGAGAAGACCCCAUGCCAGUCAAAGAUUAUAAUUACAUGCCAGUGUGGACGGAUUAAGCAGGAAAAACGCUGCGGUGCAACCAAGGAUAAGGAUCGCCAGGGACAAGAAGCUCCGUCUUCUCUUCCCUGUGACGAAGAGUGUGGUCGAAUCCAGCGUAAUCGCACCAUUGCCUCUGCCUUUGGACUUGAGGUCGAUCCAUCCGUCACCACAGCUGCAUCUGAGCCACUCACUCUCGAGAACCUCCCUUACUCCAAGGAAACCCUCGACUUGUACAUGGAACUGGCCUCGUCUUCCUCCCUCUCGACAAUGGAAACCUACGAAUCCAAGCUCUACGAACUGGCGCUCAGCAUGACAGACCGUUCAACUCGCUUCCCACCUGCUCGCGCCAAUUUCCGCGCCUUCAUCCACUCGCUUGCAGAAGACUGGGGCUUCAAAUCCGAGAGCCUCGACCCAGAGCCCCAUAGACACGUCGUCGUCUUUAAAUCUGGCGGUUGGUUGCCUCCCUCCCUCGCCGGGCCGGGAGUAGGUAUCCGAGGAAUCAGCGUAGCCGACUGCGCCAAGUUCCGUGACAGAGAACGACUAAAGGAAAGAGCUGCCAAACGAGAAGCAGCCGCUGAACGCGCUAGGCUCGAAACCGCCAUUAGAGAGGCAGCUUCCGCCAGUGCCAAUGACGGAUGGGCACAAGUUGUAUCGAGAAAGCGCCCGGGAACAAGCAGCAGCCCUGCUGAACCUUCUCAUUAUGGGUUUGGAGGUACCACGCCCAAAGACUCGAAGGGGAAGCUGGUUCUGCGCAGCGGUAUCGGAUCCGGGCGAAACGUUGGCUCUACCUCGCGAUUUGGCGCCUUGGGAAUGGUUGAUGCUGAUGCUGAUGCUGAGCCUGAUGGCCAUGCUGAAGAAGACGUAGUCGAAGACUGGGAGGAAGAAGUUGCACGUGAAGAGCGAGAGAUGGAGCAGAAAAUGGAGACGAUGGAUGUACAGCACGAUGGAGACGCUCCCUCUGCUUAA